AUGGAAGAUAAGAGCAUCGCGGAGAUCCAAGAACUCAUAGGACUUCCAGAAUACUCACUUGUCCCUCAUGUACCAGAUAAGUCUCCCCUGAACGCAUGGAUCCCACCACAUGGAAGACCAAGCUUUACGGCCGAUGAUUGCUACAGCCUGUUCCAAAAUGAGAGCAUAGCAUUUACUGGCGAUUCAACAUCGAGAAGAGCAGCUGAUACCCUUCAUUAUUUAAUCCAGCACCGAAACGAGGCAUCAUUUAACCAACCCUAUCUUUACAACUGGACUCGACUGCAAGCGUCUCAUACAAGAAUCAUCGGCAAAGGAGAUCCAACGCUAGAAACUGGACAGUACGUCAAAGUGCAAUUUGAACCCGGAACCAUUGACAACAUCUGGAAGCCUCAAUUUCGACACUUUAUUCAAUUCAAGUAUACAAAAGAACAUUCCAUCGUUCUAGCUGGAUCAGUUUCGUGGGAUCUGAAGAACAAUCAUAUCAGACCUUGUGACAUGGAACAGCAAAUCAAUUGGACGAUACGCAAGCUACACGAGUCUAUUUCCCCAUCAGUCCUCGUACUAUGGAAAUCAACACCAUUCAGUCGGAUCUCGCAAUGGGGAUAUCUGGAGCGCAAUGAGUCCAAGAAAGGUGGACAGAAAAGUGUAAACUAUCUGGUAUACCAUGCCAACAUGGUUGCGAAACGAGAAAUCCAGAGAAUCAAUUCACGACGAUUGGUCUUUUUGGAUUUGGCCAAAGAGCUCUUCCCACAUAUGUACAACAGUAGCGUUUCUGAUUUAAUGCUCCCCGAAAACAAUGACACUAAUCCAUGGCAUCUUGGACCGAUCCCCAGAGGACUGCUUCUUCAGAUGGUGGCCUGGGAAGUUCAUUCUUGGAAAGCACUACACCAGCAAGGCCAUGACACAUUGAACAGGAGUGCUAUGCCAAAUAGUCAUCACACAGUCACCCUUGCAAAUAGUGUAUACCUUCAAACUUCUCUGGACAAACAAGCAAGAAUAGACAAGUGGUUUGUUGAGGACAUGAUACCGAACAAAGCUUUUGCGGAAUCUGUAAUGCGGAGCGAGUUUCUGCAUAUCGUUGGAGGGGUUCUUCUGAUGCUCAUGGGAACGGCAAGGAUGAUACGUCGAAGCAAAAGGAGAGACCAAUCAAAUGCUAAGAAGUAG